AUGAUCAAAAUUGACAGAGUACUUGAGAUCAACGUGCGGGAUUUCGCACACGACUUGAACGUUUUUUAUAAGAAAAGUAAAGCCAUUAGGAACAUAGGACGAACGGAAAACGCUCGCAACAAACGUUUCUCCGACAGAAGAACGGUGUCCAAGUAUGGAGACACAGUUACCAUUUCUUUGGAACAGCACAUAUUCAUUUGUGUGCGGCGAAGCAACACCUGGAGGGUGUUCCGGCACGACAGCUCCCACAAAAUUGACAAAUGCGUGUGCAUUGGUGACUCGGACGUGCUCGUAUUGCAGACGAACAACAACGUUUCCGUACAGGCGUUCGAACGCAUUGACAAAAACAAACAGUUAAACGAAAUAAGAUUGUUGAGGAAACAGGACCUUUCAUCAAAUGCCCUUUUCUUCUGCGUACAUCAGGGUUCCAUUUACAUUGUCGAUCGAAAUGGGACACUAUGGCAAACGCAUGUCGAAGACUGCCUGGACGCCGGCAUUUCCCCAAAGCAGAUCAAACGUUUUCCCUUCCGAAAAGGAAACCAAGUAUAUUAUUUUAAGGUAAAAAAUGGGGACACCCUAAUUAUUGCCUACUGUGAUGACGAAUGGGGGAAGAAAGUCCAAACCAUUAUGUACAACUUUACGAGUAAUGAGUUGGAGCAAAUUCAUUUGAGUGUCUCCCCUGGUGUCAACCUUGAGGAGAAAGCAAAAUAUAUUAACUGCCUCGAUUUUAACGACAAAUACAUUGUAGUGCUGUUUAGCACAAAUGAACUGGCCAUUUACCAAAAGGAGGAAAAUACGAAUAAGUAUAAAUGUUUUAAAUACUUGGACAAAAAUAAAGCAAGCGUUAUGAAAUAUUUUAAAAAUAAGAGUUUGCACGAAGUGGAGGAAUGUACAUCGGGUCACGCAUCAGAUGGCGCGUCUAACAGCGCAGACAAGGUGAACAGAAUUUCCUCCCUUCAAAUGUGUGAGGACAACACCCUGCUGCUAACAUACAGUGAGCGCUUCCUCCCCGACGACGAGGAAAAUGGAAGCAAUCACAGGUACACCUCCCUCGUGAAAAGAGCCACAAACAUGUUAAAUCUCUACCUCAAUGAGAUAGAAAAAAUUUUCUUCAUUCGUUUUCUUUAUCAAGACAAGCUCAGUAAUAACUCCCUCCUGUACGACAUCAAUGAGCAGUUAAUUAAAAGUCACAACAUGCACAUGUGCUCCCUGAGCCUACGCGGUGUUCGUAUGAACACAGACAGCAUCAAUUUGGACGAUGAAAUUUACACCCUGUAUGGAGAGGCAAUUCAAAUUUUGAACAAUAGAUUGUCCAGGAUAGGAAGCUUGGAAAAGGAGGAAAACUCGGAGGACUCUCCCAACUCUGCAGACGCAGAACGAAGGAGGGAAGAACUUUUAAACUUAAGAGCAUAUCUAGACAUACACGACAUAAGUCAAAAUAAAAGAAAAAUAUUUAUGAACAGAUUAAGUGAGGACCUCUCUGAAAAGGGCUUCCUUAACAUGGACUUUUUAAAAGACAUAACAAAAAAUAAAAGUAGAUCCGAUGAUGUACAGCCGUGUAGCAACUUAUACCUGUGCAGUGUCGACGACUACUAUGUGAUGCUGGAAAAUGCAGAAGACGAUUUUAAUUUAAUUUUGUAUAGAAUAAAAUUUCUGAACAUGUCUGAAUUUUUAAUUCAUUUAUUUUUUUAUAACUACCACGAUGGUGUGUUGGCAGCUGAGCAGAAUGGAAUGGGGUCUUUGCAUCAACUCUUCGUUUACUCCGUCUAUGACUACGGGGGGAGAUACAUAGAGGCCCCCCUGAGCGAUUUCCAGUGCCUCUUCAAAAUUCAAAAUCUAUUUGACUUCCUGGAGAGAGCCGUGACGUACGACCCAUUUCUCUUCAGAGAGGAAGACGACACAAACAUAAUCGAAUUGCUCAAUUUGAAGAACAACGGAAUUGGCCAGUACAGAUAUGUGCCCACCAAUCUUAAUAAAAACGAGGAAAAUAAUAAUUACCAUAACAUGUUUUAUCUUCUGAACGAGUCAGGCGAUAAUGAGGUCACGUCAAAAUACGUUAACAAAUAUUACAAGGUUAAAAGGGUAAGGACUGAAAACUUUAUGCAGCAUGUCGACAUAAAUGUACAGAUGCUCAGGUUGAAAACGGUUUUGUGCGUUUCCCUGCGAGUUGUGUUAUACGUGUUGGGUGAUACUCAGUCGGCUAGCGAUGUGGUGCUGACCUCGGACGAGAGCAACGAUGGGCGAGACGCGGACGAUGCGUUCGACACCCAAGAUGGGUGCGACAUUGGUGAAGGUGAACACACCGAUGAAGAGAGUCACUUCUUAACCAGGUUGAUACAAAAUAAGGUAAAGAAGCGCCGAAGAAAGAGAUCAAAGUUUACCCGCAAAGGCGGACAAGGUAAAAUACAUAUGGGUGAUCACACAUCAGAACAUCCAAAAGAGAGACAAUCUAAGGAGGAAAGUGACAUGGACAAUGAAAACAGCGGUAAUGGCCAUAGUGAGGAAGAACAAAACCGAAUAAGCGAGAUAUGGGGACUUUCGAUCGACCAGGCAGAGCUAAGCGGAGAUGAAAGCAGCAGCAACGUGGAUGACAAUGUUGGAAGGGGGAAAGGAAGCAGCUCUUCGUCUAACGCACUGGACAGACAUAAUGAUGAAGUGAAUAGGAGAGUUCCCCACAACAUAUUUCUCCACGACGUAGAUUACAACUCGUUCGGUGAAAGCCUCGAGUCUGUAAAGAAAAAUAAAAUUGUAAAAACGAAAUUGAAGCUAUACAAAAAGGAAAUACUGCGGCAGAUUUAUAAGUAUAAAAUGUACAACUACCUCAUGAAGCUUCUGGAUCGAGAAAGACGAAGAGGAGGGUACCACGCUGGUUGUGACACAUCAGGGGAAAAAGACGGAACCCCCAAUUUAAACUACGACAAGCACAAAGGGUAUAGUAAUAAAAAUAAAAUGUCCGACAUUUUCAACAUCUUUAAGAAAAACAUAAAUGAUUCUACAAACGUGGGAGAAAGGGACAACAUGAAUGGAACCGCUAGCAGUGAAGGGUUCACUCAAAGCAACGCACAGGAAAAAGGGUCCAACAUCUACAUCAUCAGCUGGACAAAAUUUAAGUACUACUAUACUCCAUUUGAUAUUGUAAAAUAUUUUGUUAUUAACCAAAAUUAUGUCUUAGUUAAAAUUUUUUAUAAAUAUUUUCGUUUUUUUGUUAAUCACAAUUGGCAAAGGAUAUUUUAUUACAUUCCUGUGAACACCAAAGUUGAAGAUUUUUUCUUUCUUCUCCCGGGGGUUAAAGAAGCACAGGUUAAUAAGCACCCUGGACGGGGUGCCUUACCAGGAAAAACUUCCUACUAUGGAUAUACACAUAAUAGAGAAUCUAACCCCAUUGACGAUGCAGCUGUUGAUGGGGACACCAUCUGUCGUUCUUCCCACUUUGCUAAAAAGGAUGAAACAGAUGAGGAAGAAGAAUAUGCAAAAUGGACUCGAGAAAAUCAGCCCCACAAAGGAUUCUCUAAUCAUUACGAAAUACAUUCUGAUGGUGAUGCCUUUCUCGAGUUCUUCUUCAGCAGAUGUAUUUUCAUCAUGAAGAGAACCAGGUUGGUUAAGAGUCGCCUCCUGGCAUUCGUUUAUGUUUGUCUGCAACAAAUAAAUGGUAAUAACAUUUAUGAUCUGUUUAAGUACGAUCCCGCUUUGAAGAGACUUACUUUUGAUGAAUCGUAUUUUUGUGAAUCAUUCCAUGUGGGUACAGUCUUAAACGUGGAAAAAGAAAAUCCUAGCGCCGUCACACCAGAUGGGAAUACGAACAGUAUAGGAGCUCCACGAAGAGAACAACUCGGUUUGCACAGCGAAAGUAUGGUGAAGGACCCCAAUUUUGGUGACCCACUUUGGAUAAAGAAAAAUUUACAAAUACAGAUUAAAAAAGAAAACAUCCCAAACAAAAACGUACUCCUUAUAUACAGCUUCUUCACCCUCAUUAAGCUAUAUGUGAUCUGCAAAGAGAAUCAUAAAAAUGUAAAAUUGGAAAAUUUUGUACUCAUGGAUUUGUACACACGCUUGUGUUUGGUUCUGGAGUUUGACAUAAAGUACAUGUCUUUGGAAUUAGACCAGGAUGGCUACAUAAAAGUAUUUUAUGAACAUUUAGAAGAAUUUUUGAGCAACUACCAUGUGAUUGAUGAGCACAUUGCGUGUACAGGAACAACCAAGUGCAAACUUUUCACAAAAGAGAUUGUCAAUUUGGUAUACGAGAAACCGAAAAACCUUUUGGAAAGCGUCUACUUCAAUUUGCUUUACUCCUCUCAACAAAUUUUUGUGUUAUUCUGUUUCAAGACAUUAAGAUUGUUACAAGGGAGGAACUGUCACAACGGUCAUGAGGGAGAGGGGAAGGGAAGGAAAGAUAAUAAUUCAACCUGGUCCAGCCACCUACCUCUGAGUGAAAAUUUUCGUCAAGGACAGAAUGCAAUCCGUGCAAAUGCACAACACAUGGUGGUAGGGCGAUAUACCCAAUCGAAGCGCAAAACUGAAAUUGACAAAAUUUUUGUUUUCUUAAAAUAUAUUUACUACGCGUACAAGCAUAGAGCUAUCUUGAGGAAUGAUUACGAGUUUGCAUUUUUAUUUCUGGUGAUGUUCUACAAAUACAUGCACAUUAACCUGUUGCACUUUAUUUCAAUUUUGAGCGAUUUUUACAACCUGUUGCCGAGACAAAUAGGGGACGGCCCCGAUGAGGGUGUGGAGUCACCAGAAGGAGGGAUCGCCCCACAUGGAGGGGAGCCUUUCGAUCUUGGCGAGCUCUUCCACAACGAAGAGUACACCAGUAAAGCAGUCAUUUAUGACGAACAUUUGAGCCGCAUUGUCGGGGGGGACUGUGAAGACGCAGAUAAGGCAAGUCCAUCUUGGGAGGAGAGCCCAUCUGUCCAGUCUGCCCCUCUGGUGGAGAAACUCCUGGACCUGUUCGAAAAGGACCUGAACGCCCUGGAGCUGAUCAAAUAUUUGAAGAAAGACUUCGCGCAACACGCGGAAGAUGAAAUCAAGGUAGAUAUCAACAUGAUUGUGAGUUCGCGAAAUAGUAAAACGAAGACGGUACUGAAUAUUUUUACACUGUUUAAGAAAAUAAUGACCUUCACACAAUACAAAGAUAAAAAUUUUACGAAAAACUGCUUCCAACUCUAUCACAAUUUAUUUUAUUUGGUAGAUGUGCACACUUUCUUUCACAUCCUCUUCUACAUCAUCCUCUUUCACUCCAACGACUUUGAAUAUUUAACCAACCUUUUGAAGUUUUUCCGGAAGUACUACGACCAAGAGGGUGGGGACAGGCCGCUGCAUGGGGAGAGGCCACUUCAUAGGGAGAAACCACUUCCUAGGGAGAAAUCGGAUGACCUCAUAAAUUAUCUCCUGCUUCGUAGAGCAAAAGUAGUAACCAUUAACGAAAAUUUUGACCACCUGUACAAAUUUGUGCAACAUAUAUACUGUAAGAGAACGGUAGGGUUCCUGUCCCACUUGGCUGACCAGAAUGAACAGCUCUUGCAAAACUUGAAAAUGUUAAAGUACAUGCAGAUGCUUGCAAAUCGAAAAGGAGAAAGCGAAAAAGAAAAUGGGACCUCCUCCAUGAGUCACUACGUGUCCAGACAACAAAUAAACAAAAAAGCAUCAAACGAAGACCUAUACAAAUCCUUUUCAAAGUUAAUUUCUCAGUCGUAUGAAAGGAUUGCCCCGAAUGAUGUAAACCUUGAAGAGGGGGCAAAGAACAAAACGAGAAAUGUUUACAAACCCCCUGUUUACAAGAACAUUCUGUACGACUCUUAUGUUAAGAUAGCCAUUGAAAAAAAUAAAUUUCAUAUCUUCAAAAACGUAAUGCAGAAUGAUCUCACAAUUUGUUAUAACAGAAGGAGAACCAUCAAGUUGAUUAAACUUCUUCAAUUAGAAAAGGAUCAUCUUAGGGAUUCUCUCCUGUUCGUUAUUUGCACCCUACAACUACAUGAAAAGGUGAAGAUUCUUCCCUUUUACCUGAUUCUUUUUCUCAUUUUAUUUCAAAAUGAUGAAUUGCACAAGGACCAAAAGAGGGCUCUACACAAUGCCAUUAUGUAUUACGUGGAAUGUUCUAACCGAUCUCCUAGCUACGUGUACAAUUUUGCCAUGUCACUUAUUGCUUACUUUUCGCUGAACCAUCCGGAGUGUAUUCCUCAUCUAUACAAAUCCAUUUUCGCCAAAAGGGCGUACUUCAAACCUGCGUGGAGAGCCCAGAAGGGACAGAGACGAGACGAGAACAAUAUACAUGAUAGCUUCCUUUCCAUGUAUGACUUUUUACAAGAUAGUAAUAUUAAGUUAAUCAGAACGAGUGAUGGGGAUCCCAGCUGUCAAGGGGGGAAAGCAGACCAUAAUAAUUACCACCCCGAUUUUGUACAAGAGGGAAGCGGAAACGGCAUGGAGUUCCUUCCACAGAUGGGAUCCAUCAGAGGUGAUCAGACAAGAGGAAACAUAAACGAACCCACAAAUGAGCAUCCCCAAUUCGGACCAGCGCGAGACGAUGACACGCGGGAGAUGAACCCCAUCGCUAGGGUGUUCUGUAAACUCACGGAUGCAACGGACGCUUCGAGGGGGGAAUCUCUGCACAUCGCUACCGAGGAGCCCAUGGAUUCAUACGAGCACACCUUUGAUGGGGAAGAUCAUCUGGGCGAAGUAGAGCACCAAGUUGAAAUUGAAAUGUUCCAGGGGGAGAAGAACCCCCUUGAGAAUGUAAUCGAUGAGUGCGAUGACGCAUGGGAACAGAGCCCUGAAGAAAACGGCCCACUUAGGGGGGAAGUCGAUCAAAGCGACAACGAGUUGGACCAACUCGAGGAUAUUUGCACGGGUACAGAUUUUGAGGAAAUGGGAGCAUCGUCUGAUGAAUCGGCCAGCGACAGGGGCGUCGCUGAAGGGGGCGAAGCGGACGACACGGAUGGACAUAAUGACGACCGCGAGAGCAGACACCUCGUGACGCACACAGACCAUCUAGAACAGGUGGAAACCACAAAAUGGGGCAGCAGCGAGGAGGGCGAAGAAAUGCCCCAUGUGGUCGGACGGAGAAGCUCAUGGGGAAAGGAGGAAGAAGACUUGUCCCCUAAUCAUAUCGAGAAGCACACCCAACAGAAAGGAAAAACAAAAACACUCAGUAGGAAUGCCCUUACGUAUCUAAUGAAACAGGCUCGCACCAGGAUUAACAAGCACAACGUGACGAAUUGGGACGUUGGUUAUAUCACCAAAACGGUGCAUGUGGUGAAGAAGGUUUUAAAGAGGAACGAAAAUAAACUGAAGGGAAUGGAUAGCACUUUACAUGUGCACCAUUUCAACAAGAGAAUAGAGCAACAUGAGCAGAAAAAAAACAUUCGCCAAAAAAGCAACAUAUAUAAAACCCUCCUCAGCAGUGACCUCUACUUUGCAUUUCUGUAUUUUCUACAAGUGGAAGAUUACCCAUUUAUCUACACCUUGGUCAAGAAAAUCAUUUUGAAUAAUUCAAUUGUGAUAAACAAAAAAAUGGUUAUUAUUGAAAAGCUACUGUUAAGUAUGUAUUCCUUUCAUGCAAAUAUGGGAGAAGGAAAAGAGGAGGGACUCCAUCCCGAAGACUCAAAAGGCAUGUCCCCAUUUUUAAAAAAAAUUUUCAACAUGCUGGUUAUUACGAAGUAUUUGCUCCUCGAGCUAAAUGCUAACAAUUUAAGCAAAAUUGAUUUACAAAAAAUUUUUGUCGAGGAUAGCUAUAAAAAACUGCUAGUGGAAAAAUUCGAAAAAGAAACGUGUGAAAAAUUUUUACAAAUUUUGAUUAAAAUAGGAGACAUUUCCCGGAUGGCUCUUCUAGAUAUGAAUCUCCAUAUUAAAAAAAAAAGACACACUGUUGUGUAUGACUUACGAUGGCGAGAUGGACCCAAGGAAAUAGGUAGCAUGGUGCAAAAUCGCCUCAGUGAGAAAAACACCAUUGCAGAAAACCCCAAGGACCAUAAGAGCUUUCAGUUUUUAUUCGAAAUUGAGGUGGAAAAACAAAUGAUUAAUCACUUCCAGGGGAAUGAAAAGAAUGCUCUACUGAUGUAUAUCACCACCCAUUUGAACUACCUCAAUUUUAAUCUCCAUUUUGUAAGAAAGAUUGUCUUCUAUAUGUACGAGACGUGUCUGUAUUUCCUUUGUCCGGCUAUAUACUUUUUGAGGAUUUCCUUUUAUGACUUCAGCAUGGGGAAUCUGUUUACUUCCUUGUCGCGGGUCGUGAAGAGGUUAUCUCGCACGGAGGUAGUAACGAAAUUGCUCGAGCUCCGUUAUGUGUGGAUUUGUCUGGCAGGAGAAGCCACACAAGAUGUGAAGGGAGGACACCUUCCACAGAGCGUCGAAGAAGGGGAACCAACAGAGAAUAUCUCCAAAAGCAACACAGCAAAAAUAUUGUACACUUCGAACAUUUUAAACCCUUUCAAUUUUUACCUCAAGCAAGCACAAACGGAUAACCCCGCAUUUGACCAACUCAUUUGUGACCAUGUGAAGGAUGCACAAAAAGAAGUUCAAACAUAUAAGUUAGGAAAGGAGGCAGCGUAUCAUUUGGUGACCUAUCUGUGGAGUAAACAUGACAUACUGCCUCAACUCCACGAUUUGUGUUUUCUUCUGAAAGGGCUCAAUGUGCAGUUGGAUCCAUUUUACUAUACUACUGAAGACAAUCACCAAGCGAUACAGGAACUCUUCGACCCUAGUGAGGACGACUAUAUUAAGCACUCCCUUCUUUUCACCCAACUCAAUAAAGAUUGUAUUGACUCAUUUGAAAUUAAAAAUGUGAAAAACAAUUUGUCCCAUUUCUUCUAUGCCAAUGAGAAGUACCACAAGUGCUUUAUCGAUUUUUACCUCUACCGCAGUGCACUAAAAUUAGGCAACCUAAAAAAGGUGUCGACACUUUUAUUUACGCACCUUCUGAAACGCCCUCUAAAACACUUUUGCAGAAACAUUGAAUUCAACUUCACCAAAUGGAUGCUCCUACACAAAAGGCGAAUGGAGAAAUUUUUACACUUUUACAAUAUGAUGGACAGACUUGGCAUGGACCACCCUGGGGUCUUGGUCAAAUUAGUUACCGAUAAUUUAUAUAGAGUGGACUACCUUUUGUUUCUUCACCUGAUGCACAGCGAUGGGGAAGGCGACCCUCUCCCAACUAAACGCAUAGUCCUCAAACUGCUCAUGGUACUCUUCUUCAUAUCGUGCACACAUGAAGAUGCAAACUUUUCAGUGAAUGAUUUUUUCCAUUUUUGCGCGGCGGACACACAGGCGGGAGGAAGAGACUUACCCACAUUGGAACACCACUCCCCAGGGGAUAUAAUCCUCGAGGGUGAAUUCUGUAAGGAUGAUGAUGGGGCGAGCGCAGUCGGCGAAGUUAACGAAGUGGAAGACCCCAAAUUGCUCACAAUGCACGGCGACAAUUCCGUGGAGACCGACGAAGAGCAGUACAUUGACAAACGCAUGGAGGUAGAUGAUGAUGGGGACGACCACUUUUCCUACAGUGAGAACGCCGAGAUGGAUGGUGCUGAGAAAAACUUCAACGAUAAUUCCUCCCUUGUAAGUAUGCCCGUUCUAAGUAUGAACGACGAAGGCGCAUCUGCGGGUGAGCACUACGCAUACACGGACCAAGAAAAGAGCCUCAUUGCAGACAUAAACAAUUUUUUCAAAAAGGAUGGCGGACUUGGGGACGCGGAUGACGGACUUGGUGGCGCGGAUGAUGGACUUGGUGGCGCGGAUGAAGGAGAGGUACCAUGCGGAGGAGGCAAACCCGGGGGAAUCCAAGUCGACCUGGACGAGAGAAGAAUUGGCCAAAUUGAAAACAGAUGCAACGGCGAGCGGGACGCACAGGCCGGACAGACUCAACCGAUUGAAUCGACCGAACAACACGAAGUGCUCAACGCCGUGACCUCUUUCUGCCGUCAACGCAUAACCCUCCAGGAGGUAAUAAAAACGGUUAUAAAGAACGAACUAAAGGCAAUUUUGUUCCUUCGAUUUUCAAACACAGUAACUGUAUAUAGCUUGUAUGAUAAGGCAAAGCGGGUUGAUCACUUUUUGCGUAGCUUGGGCGGACGCAACGUCUUUUUCACCCUCGAGAUGAUGGCCAUACUAUUGUUCAGAAAUAAAAGAAGGAAGUCGAGGAACAGGUUCAUUUUUCACUUUUUUGCGCUUCUGUACGUUUUGCACUUCGUCAGGGAGGGGGACAGUGGCGAGUUUAUUGAGCAGCCGAUUGAGCAGCAGAGUGCACAGAAGUGUGAUGAGCCACCGCGUAGGCAGGAUAACCAUUUGCACCAGAACGAGAAAGAGAGCCUCGUCAAAAGCUUGACGGUACUCCUCUUCAUAAACCUAACUAAUAUAUUUCUACCAACCGUUAACAAGCUGUACGUAUUGGACGAGAAACAACACUUCCUGUUUGACCAAGAGAGGAAGCAAAUAAAGACCACACACGAUGUGGAGUCCUUUGUUCAUAUAAUUUUGAACGUAAUCGACGAGACGUAUGUUAAGGGUUAUGAAUUUGUUUACCUAAGUCUCCUCCUGUUGAUGGAGUAUGUAGUAGAGCUCUUAUGUGACGACAGCGACGUGGUGGUCCCCCCCACCAUGGCACACAUCUUCAAAUGUAAGAAAGUGCAAAUUUUGCUAGACGAUUAUACAAAAAGGUACCAAUCUGCAGGAGAGGGAAAAACGGACCAGGGGGACAACAACAAAACUAAAAGGAAUACCCUCACUUCUUUCCUAAACCAGCAAGCAUAUGACAAAAUUAGAAACAUGAUGAGUCGUAUCUACUUGAAAAUCCUGUCCAACUGUGACAAGUCCAUUGUGCUGGUCUGCAAAAUCAUAAUUGGGAACAGAAUCAACUUGGAAGAUGAAAUGGAAUUAUUUAAAAAAGUCAAGAGUAAUAUACUGCUAUUUUUUACUACAAAUUAUGGCCAAAUAAAAUCGAAUAAACAGAAGAUACUCCUACAGAACAAUCAGAACAACAAGGUGAAGGGAGACAAGAGUGACAAAUAUGACCUGUUUCAAACAAAAAUUUCUUCCUUCAUUAAAGUCCUCUUGGUUAUAAUGCAUUACAAUAUUAAUUCGUUUAAAGGCUGGGACUAUUACGAAACUAUUAAGCAGAUAAUCACCGAUGCAGAAUGGUUCCGCAUCUUUGACGCCAAGUACGCAAGGGAGUCAUUUGAAAUGAACUUUCUGUGUAAGAGGUAUACGAGGAGGAAGGGGGGCGUGGGGCAUUUCUACAACGCGCAAGGAGGUUCAUUACUUAGUGUUGGGUUCGCUACACAUAUGGAGGACACACCAAACGUGGGAAAUAAUACCAACGAGGGUGUUUGUGAUAGUAGUGCUGCUCCACAUGAUCCAGGUCGCCACCGCCACGCAACGCACUCGAUAGAAGAGCAGGAUGUGGAAGAAGCCCAUGUUGAAGAUACACAUGGAUGGGACUCCUCCGAUGGCAGCCUUGCUGAAAUGAACAAAACGAUGCUCUUCUAUUUACAAAACUGCACAGAGGAGGAGGAAGAAAAUGCUACGCAGAAGGAAGUCGACUCGGGGGAUACAACAGGUUUACUAAGUUCGAAUGAGGUGGUGCAGGGGAAUUUCCCGUGGAGCAGUGAUGCCCUGGAUGGUAACAAUGGCCAUCACGUAGGGGAACAAUUCGAGGUGGCAGAAGAGAAGAAUAAAAGCGCUAACAUAUUGCAGAGUAAGGAUGUAGUGUCAGGAGUUGCCCAGACAGCAAUGAAGGAGCUAUCACCCGAGGAGGAUAAUGUAGUACUGAACGGUGGAGUAAGCCCCCAUGAGGAAGACUUGCAGGAGGAAGAUCCAUUCCAGUUCAAUACCUCCAAGGUGCGCGAAAGCAUUAUGAAUGACUAUGGGAAGGGCUUCCUCUCCAAGUACAUAAACAAGCUUAUCACGAAGGAAGAGUGUGAAGAGAGAUUGAAACAGGUGGGCAGGAAGUCAAAAAUGAUGAACCUAGUAAAAUAUGCAGCAUACAUUUUACGCUACUGGAACAUCGAAAUAGAAGAAUUGCAAAAAGGGGAAAGAGAAGAAGGGUUUCAAAUUUUAAUUUUUUUUGCAAACCAUUUUCAUUUCUUCGAAAAUUUAAUCAAGUAUAAAAUUAUUUUAAAAUUAUACAUGCGAAAUAAGCUGAACCUAGCAGACGAACUCCUGGGGCAGAAGAGUAGGAUGUGGUCUUGGUACAGAAAUGACGCCAAAAUAAAAAAUUGUAUUGAGGAAUACCUCAUGAAGGAUAUAUGCUACACUAAUUUCUUCAGCGGGAAGGAAAAUAAUGAGACCUUUCUUUACUCAUUUAACCAAGUGUUAAAAAGGGGCCAAGGGACUAGUGGUCCUAUUUCACAUCAACAAGGGGACCCCACCAACUGCUUCUACCUAAGAAACUACCACAACAAUAAAUUUAAUGGGACAUUUUUGAAAAGCAUAUAUAUGCAGCAUUAUGCCUUCAGGAAGUACAACAAAAAUGCAGGUGGAAAACACUUGGGGGUAUAUCUCCCCAGGGAAACCCAGUUCGACACGGGAACUACCCACCCAGGGAAGCACACAAGUGAGGAGCAGGGUCAUUCCCCCCAACAGGACUUCUCAACCCAACAGAGCACCAACCACUUUCCCCUCUUCUACCUAUCCUUCAUGGACCUAUACGCACGCACCGCAGACGUGUACGACUUCUACUUCCAAGCAGUCAUUUUCAAGUUAAUGAAAGAGGAGGAGCUACACCUCAGCAAAGCGAAACAGUAUCAGGAAGAUUUACAAACAUACCUCCAAAACAUGUUAAAUCAGUACGACUUAUAUUUGAUGCUUCUAAACUACCAGUUGCUUACCUUCCAGUCUGUUUGCUCUAAUAGCAACACGUGCACGAAUUUUCUCAACCGGCGUGAACAAAAGUUGGUGCACUACCUCUGGGUCAGACUCACCCAGGAUCUAAUGAAGAAGUACCGGUAA